GGCUUUUGCUCUUCGGUCUCUAGACGUCUUGUUCCCUAGAAUCGCUUCUUAGAGAAAGUAGCAAUGGCAGACGGACUCAACGAUGCACGUGCACUAAGAAUGGCUGAGAUCUUCAACGACUACCGAACCCUCCUGGUGCACAUCUCCCAACAAGACAUCCCAGUUCCCGCGGAGGAUUACUAUGAGCCAGGCUAUGCGGUGAUCCGGGAGAGUCUGGCUGCUGCGCAAGCCCUAAUGUCGUCUAACUAUAACCCUGUUCCGCCAACCGGGAGGAAUGAUUUGGAAAUGGAAAAAACAGAAUUUCGGAGAGUCAUACUUGAUAUAAGCUCGCGUCGCUUUCAAGCUCAUAAGAUUUACCUCCGCGCGGCAGCAGGGAGAAGAUGGUCUAUUAAUCGGACAGAUGCCCUGCGAAGGUCCGACCAGACACUUGCUUCUCGAUUGAAGCUAGUAGACGACACAUUCCGACAGGAGCUUGGUCAGGUGACAGAUGAAUACGUUGUGGCUGAUCUUCGGGCUGCCGAUAUACGCGCAGGCCAUUGGCUUGAUGAGGAUCCAUCUUUACCGGAAAUGCGCAAUUGGAUUCGAGAACAUCCAUGAAGCCACACUUCGCGUCAGGGUGAUUUGCUGAGAGCAAAUCAGAACCACGGCGUUUGAUUAAGCGCAGGUCGUUUAAUUGCGCCCAGGAAGAGAUGCCCCUCUUCUACAAAACUAAAAAAGUUCCCUCCCCCUCCUUUUUAGUGGGACUUGUUUUUAUUAUGAUGUUGUUU